GGCGCGCGCGCCUGCGCGAGGGCGGCGGAUUCGAACGGCGGAGAGAGGGAGGGCGGCGGGAGGAAGAGGAACAGGAGCAGGGAGAAGAAGAAGAGCAGAGGAAGAUGAGGCGCACGGUGCCCCGCAGCACUUUGCGGAAAAUAAUAAAGAAAUACAAGCCGCAGUUACGCCUGGCGGCGAACGCCGACCUGCUGGUGCAUUUGAACUUCUUACUGUUUCUCCAUCGGCUAGCAGAAGAAGCCAGGACAAAUGCUUUUGAGAACAAAAGUAAAAUAAUUAAACCCGAGCACACCGUAUCUGCCGCAAAGGUUAUUUUAAAGAAAAGCAGAGGCUAGAAAACAGACCACUGGAAUUUUAAAGCAUGUUUUUCCAUCUUGUCUUACUAACUUGAGGCACUGUGAGCCAGCUUUAGCACUUGUGGAAGUAUGCAGUUUUAUUGAUGUCUGUCUCCUGACUCUGAGUAUCUUGCUCUUUCUUUAAAAAAAAAUAAAAAAAUCUUGCAAUGUAUAUUUUCAUACGCUUCA